GUUCAGUAUAAUGACAACGACAUAUUUUUGACGUCAAACAAGACCGCGGUGUUGUUUUUAUGGCAUCGAACAAAAAAACUUUUGACAUUGUUGUCGUAUUUUGUGUUUUUGUCCAUUUUUAAUAGUUUCAGUCUCUUUUGCAUUGGAAUUAUAUCACAUUUUGCACCUGUUCCUUACAAAACCAUUUAAUGAUAACAGUGAAAUGGAUAUAAAAAGUGAGUUGGAUUUAAGCGGUAAAUUAAUAAUUAAAGUACAACUCGGCGAUGAUAUUAGACGAAUUCCAAUACACAACGAAUCUCUUACUUAUGAUGAACUGGUUUUAAUGAUGCAGAGGGUUUUUAGGGGUAAAUUAUCAGCCAAUGAUGACAUCACAAUCAAAUACAAAGAUGAAGAUGGUGACUUGAUAACGAUAUUUGAAAGCAAUGACUUGUCUUUUGCUAUUCAGAGUAGCCGGAUACUGAAAUUACAAAUAUUAUUGAAUUCUGAAUUGAAGACUGAUGCGACAAGUGCAUUAUCUUCAACUGAAGUAAUCAAUUUGAAAAAGCAGCUUAGAAAUAUAAGGGAUCAAGUAAAUGAUAUAUUAGAUUCUAUUGACGUUAAUGAAAAUAAAGUUGCUAGUGGGGCUCAUCAAGAAUCUGGCGAAACAUCAAACAUAGAUUCCAACCAAUCAGCCUCCUCUCUCAAUAAGGUGAACUCGGGCGAGUUUGAUCCGCUGCAGGACAAGAAUCAAAAAAAUGGUACCGAAGAUCACAAGGAGUCCUCCAAGCCUUCGACUCCGCAAAUCAACAAUGAGGGAGCCAGUAGUAGACCUCAGUCCGUUUCCAUGGCCACCACACCUGGUCAGCAAUCAGUGGUCACUUCCGCAGCUGCCAAUCCCCACAUGACUGAUUACUUUGGCAGAUCAUCUAAUGCUGCUAAUUUUCCUGGGAUGCAGUAUGGCUCGUUGCCUUAUCCGCAGCAAUACACCUUCCAGACAACUGGAAGGUACGUUCCUCAAGUUAUGGACAGCUCCCAGGUUCCCAGUUCCAAUGCUUAUUCGAACCCCUCUCAAGCCAGCCUGGCUUACCCUCAGCAGCAACAGUACGGCCACCCUCCCGGUAGCGUGGUCUAUCCUACAUCUGCUCAAGGCAAUCCCUAUUCGAAGGGAUUCACCCAGCCUUCUCCACAACACGGCUUCAUGCCUCCGCGUCAAUAAAUUUUCAAGAUAUCUAACGUAAAUUUAUUUAAGGUUUUAAACUCUUUUAGUGGUCGUUUGAGGAAUUUGUACGUUAUCGAUGAUAUUAAUGUUAUUUUAACUGUUCAACUGUAUGAUUGCCUUUAACUGUCUAUUCUCAUGAUGCUCUACAUCCUAGGCAAUAAAUAAUUGACAUUUUU